AUGGAUUUCGCCGCGUUGAUGUCCAAGGAGAUCUCUAAGGCCAAGGGUAGCGAUGCUUCCAAGCCAUCCAAAGAUACCGGAAAACCCUCCCCCGCAGCGCCAACCAAAAAAUAUCUGCGACGAGGCGAUGUCGAAGCUGCCCGCAUUGAAGCUUACAACGAAGAGCAAGAGCGGAUUGCACGCGAACGUGAAGAGCGCAUGGCGAAUAAGCGCAAGCUCGAAGACGAAGAAGCGGAUCGAAACCGAGAACGUGAGGAGAAGAAGCGAAGACUAGCCGAGGUGUCCAAGACGAGGAGAGAAGAAGAAGAAAGAGCCAAAGAAAGUGAACGGCGGCGAAGGCUCGCCGACGGUGACACGGAGGAAGAUAUUGAAGAGGAGGAGCUUAUUGCAAAACUACGAGAGAUGAAUGCUCCAAUACAAUUGUUCGGAGAGGAUUAUCGAGCCCGUCUUCGACGAUACCGUCGUCUGGUUCAACGGGCCGCUAUUCCUAAGAAGAAGGUGACCGAUGGACCUAUCCCCACCACCUUGGAGCCCGUCCCCGGUGGACAGAUGAUCAUCCCGGCCAAGAUCCCGAAAGAUCAAGAGAGCCGUCUGUUCCUUUUCCGGCAGUUGGGAUCUUACUUCAACAUGGUUUUGUCGGAAUGGGAACUGGCACUAGCAAAGCGUGACGUCUCGGUGCGUGAAAGUUUCCAGGGAAAACAAGCAUAUAAUGCGAUGAUCCAAUCACGCGAAAACAUGACGCCGUUGUUCCGCCUCUUCGAGAAGGCCGAGUUGGAGGACGGGCUGUUGGAACCGAUCGUUGAGAUUGUGCACAAGGCGCAGCAGCGGCGAUACGUCGAUGCAAACGAUGCAUACCUACGAGUAAGCAUUGGUAAAGCAGCAUGGCCCAUUGGUGUGACCAUGGUUGGUAUUCACGAGCGAUCUGCACGAGAAAAGCUGCAUCAAAGUGACCAGCAGGCACACAUUCUGAGUGACGAGAUUACUCGCAAGUAUCUACAGAGUAUCAAGCGCUGCUUGAGCUUUGCGCAAGUCCGCUGGCCUCCGGAGGAUCAAUUGCAGAUGAUGGGUUAG